UUACAGUUUACAUAGAUCAAUUAAGAAUAAUUGUUCAAGAGAAAAGAAAAAUGCAACCAGAAAAUUUGAAGGAAACAUAUUGUAGUCUUUGUGUAAAUAUUAUAAAAGACAUAGACACUAAUUGCCAGGUAGAAGGGGAAGUCAUCGCCAACGUUUUAGAAGUUGUUUUGCCGAAUUUGAAUUCGGAGAAAACAAAUAAACAUUGUAUGUGCAAAGAGUGCUCAGUAAAACUAUCAGCUGCUUUUAAUUUUAAGUCGAUGUGUAUGAAUACUGAGAAUAUUAUUUUUCCUUAUAUUAACACCAGUAGAAUGUCAGUGGUUGAUUUAAAAGAAGUUUAUCUAAAAGAGAAGGGAAAUAUUCAGUUAACUAAUAUAUCGGAAGUCCAGAGAAUUUGUCGAUUAUGCUUUCAAUUGGUAACAUACGAAUUUGUGACACUAAAGGAAGUAGACGUUGACAUAAUUAAUAUGUACAUACCACGAGUUAACUUCAGUGCUACUAAGGAUCCUGUUAUAUGCGGACCAUGUUUUGAUUCGCUUUGUACUUACGGCAGUUUUUUAAGAAACUGCCUUGAUGCGCAGGAAAUAUAUAAAAGCAUUAAACAGUGUUACAUUAAAACUGAAGAAAUAGAACUAACACUGGAACAAGAUGAUCGAGAUGCACAGGAGAAAAAUAAAAUCAUUGAAAUAAAACUCGAAAAAUAUAGUUCGUAUGACAAGGAGAAAUAUAAAAGUGUCAAUAAUCAGGUUUAUAUUAAAUCCAAAGAGAUUGAAAUAAAACUGGAGGAUGAUCUGGCUGCGCAGGAAAAAUGUGUAAAUGUUGAUAAACAGUUUUACAUUAAAACUGAAGAACUUGGAGUAAAGCUAGAAGGUGAUCAGGAUGCUCAGGAGAAAUAUGCAAACCUCGAUAAGCAGUUUCAUAUUAAAACCGAAGAGAUUGAAAUAAAGCUAGAGGAAGAUGAUCAGAACAGUAAUUCAUCUUCCUACAACUUGGAUAGUGAAAGAGUUGAACACAAAAAUGGAUGCUCUGUUGAAAAUAUAGGAGAACAAGGAUUUAGUGAUAACCUUCCCACAUCAGUGGUGGUUCACAAUGUCCAACUACCCAGCGGCACAUCGCAUUUGUACCAAUGUGAUAAAUGUAAAUAUAAAACUAAGCUUGAAGGUCAUCUAAAAAGGCAUCAGUUAAUGCACGAAAAAGUAGAAACUUAUAAGUGUAACACCUGCGAUUUUGAAACCGACUAUAGGGAAAUUUUGAAGAAACAUCAGUCCGUAAUACAUAAAGAUUUCUCAAAAAUAAUGUUCAAGUGCGAUACAUGUAGUUAUGUCUCUAAAUACACCAGUCAUCUGAAAGUGCAUAAGUUAACGCAUAAGGACCUUUCCGAAAUCCAAAUGUAUAAGUGUGAUACAUGUACUUAUGAGACUAAAUAUAAAAGUAAUUUGAAGACUCAUCAACUGUUGCACAAAGAUUCUUCGGAAGUCCAAAUGUACAAGUGUGAUACAUGUAGUUUUGAAACUAAACAUAAGGAUAAAUUGAAAAGACAUCAGUUAUUGCACAAGAACACUUCAGAAACCCAAAUGUACAAAUGUGAUGCUUGUCCUUAUGAAACUAAACAGAAGAGAUAUCUAAAAGAUCAUCAGUUAACUCACAAAGACCUUUCAGAAAUCACAUUGUACAAGUGUGACAGAUGCAAUUAUGAAACUAAACGUAAGAGAUGUCUAAAGUUGCAUAAAUUAACACACAAGGAUUCUGCAAAAACUGGAUUUAAGAAGAAUCUAAUACUAUAUCAAUUAUUGCACAAAGAUCAAUAAGAAUUUACAUAGAAUUAAUGGAUAUCACCUUUUAGUUUUACCACAAGUCGACAGAGGUUGUUCCAUUUUAUGGUUUGUUCCUUUUUAGGGCAUGCUUUUAUUCUAUUUUCUUCAUGUUCUAUUGUGUGAUUUUGAUAUUCCCUUUUCCAUUAUUUUAGAGUUUUGUGUUUUAAGUUCACUGUGUCGACUAUCUAGUGGUUUCCGAGAACUGACUUUAGUACUAGUAGAAGUGGAUUGGGGUGACCUCAGCCUGGCACUUAGGCCACAUCCCAUCCACUGUCUGUCUUUCACCCUCCUUCGAAAUGGUUAAACCGAAAAUUAAAAAUUUAGUGAGUAAUUGACAACAAACCCUUAAUGAGUAUUUAUUUCAAAUUUCCCGUCUCCUCAGGUUUUGAGAUAAACAGUUAAAUUAAGGGCUGAAUAUCUUUGCAUGUCAUGAUAGUGUGAUUUGUCUCACUAUCAGUUAUUUUCUCUUUAGUUAAGUGUCAAAUUAAAAGCAAUUACUGUAUUUAUUUGAAGUUGGUUUAUGUUGUAUUUGAAUAAGUUAAUUUCAGGUUUAUUGUUGUUUAUUAACGCCUAUUUUCAGUAUUACAGGUUAUAUUUAUACUUUCUCUGAACAAGUUUCUGUAGUUUAUGAUAAAGUGAA